GGCACUGGCUUGUCUCUUUAGUUUUGAAAGGAAAAAAUCUAAACUGUUCAGUAAUUUCUCACUUAAAAAGACCUAAUUUUGUGGACUGAAACUGCAAACGAAAUUCUUGUAAAUUGACUUUGAGGAUAUGAAAGUAUUCAUAUUAAUGUGUGUCAGCAGAUCAAGAAAAGAUGCAGUGAUCUUGAUCUCCAGGAAAUAUGGUGAAUAAAAAAGAGAGAUGUUAGCAUCCAUUACGGCCUCAUUUCACAUAUUUCACAUGAUGAUAAUUGGACCACACUAAGUGGUCAGUUUGAAAAUGUUUCUUUGAUCCUUUUUGCGGAUGAGCAUCAACAUCCAGUUGAAGAUAAAAAAAAUCUUUAUGAACUGUAGCUACACUACACUUGUACAAUUCUUCCUGUAACCUCAGUUGUUUUUAGAUUACCACACAAUUGAUUUAUUUGUAUAUAAAUAGCCUUUAUUUGUUUCAUAGAGCAAACCUUUGACAAAUCAACUCAGACUUUGUUUUGCAAGCAGGGAUCUAAAAGAAGUUCCAUGCAAAACUUCGAACGGAUUAAAUUAUGCUGAUUGGUGCGUUUUCACAUCAAAGCGGUUCAGCACCAAAUGCACCCAAAAUACCGUCCUCUACCACCAGGUGAUUCCCUGUCAAUAUGAGCAUAGGAACCUCUUGCAAGCAUUAGUUUCUCAUAGGAAAGGUGAGGGACAGAACACCAUACAGAGGUGAUGGGGACAUAAAGCCCCAGGAAGCACAGAAGUGCUCCAUUCAAUUGCUUGACCAUAGAGCCAAGGCUUCAAGGUUCUUCAUUUGCUCCACUGCCCCAUUUUAGGUAUUUGCAUCAUACCUAAAUGUCUAUUUUAUGUUCUAUAGUCAAAUUAACUAUCUCAACUUAAAGUCCCACCACAUAUCCUCUUUUUUAUCUAUUUUACAAGGGUUUCUUAAUUACUAUUAUGCCAUAUUUAGCCAAAAUAAAAAAAAUCAUUUUCUAGGACAUAGUUUCUGCAGAGCGGCAGUAGUUCAUUAGGAAUUUGCCUCUGAUUUCUGGGCAGCCUGUUGGCAUGGAGUAACCCCACCUCCAUUUCCCAUUAUCCCUUUGAUUACAUGCUCUCCUGCUAGCUUACGGCCCCUCACAGCCCAACCUAACAUUAGCGGUGCAACAAAAAUGGUGAACAAUGUUGGAGCUAUCCAGCCGUACAGUUGUAAAUAAACUCGGGUGUCAAGGAGUUGGUAAAGAUUCAGCCUGUACCUCACAAACUCAAAGGAUACAGUGGAAAGAGCGGCUGUCAUUCUCCACAACAAAUAAGCUUUAUGUUAUGAAAAAUUUUAAAUGAAAAAAAUAAUUAAGUGAAAAGAGAAGACAUUCUCUUUGGAAUUUUAGUUAUUUACACAAUUACACAUACCUUUUAGAAAACUGUGUUUCUGGUUUUAUAAGUUAAACAUUUUUGAUAUCAGAUAUCAAAAUGAACCAUAAAUCACAUUUUUUACCAAACUAUUUUUUGCCUAAAUCACUGAAGUAGGUAAAUUUGACUAAUUGAUAUUUAGUACUUUUUUCUGUAAACUCCAGUACUUAAAAAUGGUCAGACAUCGCAUGUGUGACAUGUUUCUGCCAGUCAGGGGUGGUACACUUCAACCUGUUUGUCCCUUUUUCAUGCUGCAGUUGUUUUAGCUACAGCGUUUAUCUGAUCCCAGCAGGCUGCAUCUUUUUUAAUUGCUCACUCAGCAUCCCAUCAGAGACAUUUUACUACCACCACCACAUCGCGCACAUGCUCACAAACCCCGCCAGCCCCUUCACACUGAUACUCCAGAAACAGCAGCAGUAGCAUGUGAGUGGGUCAGCGGUAGUGUAGCUACAUGUCUCUAAUUAAGCCCCUGAUGAGGGACUUCCCGAGUCCGCUGUCUUUGAAUGUUGAAGCUCUUUGCAGGCUGAUGCAUUUGUGUUGAUUGGCUUGCUGCCGCAGACUCCAGCAAGUGACCUCAUUUGAAGAUGUGUCUAAAAAAUUGAGCCUCCCAAUAUGAACGACCCCACCCAUGACAAAGAUAAAGGUCUGUUUUCUGACCAUUUUGCUCCAUGCUUUUGAGAAAUGGUGACCAUAUGAUGAAAAAGGUUUUCCACAAAGUUUAAGUCCAGAAAACAAGCAAUUAAUUAAUGUUUUGUUUUGGGAGAAAAACAAUGCAAUUAGAUAAAAGCCAUUUAAAAGAUUACUGGAUGGCUGUUUAGCUGCUGUUUUUUUGAUAACUGUGAUGCAUAAUUGCAUCCCCAAGUUCUCUAAUGAAAUCUUAGCAAUAAAAGCUGCCUUUGAUCUCAGCUGCAGCCUCUUACAAAUAUUUCACCAACGCAUAUCUGUUCAUAUCAGAAAAGGCGAGAAGAUUUAUUCAUCUGGACAAAGGACAGUUUAGGAUCCUUUAGAGGACACAUUCACACCCUUGAUCCUUUAGGAUAUCCAUUGAAUAAGACACAGAAAGACAAGUGGUUCAUUAGUAAGAAUCUAUCCAAAGAGUAUGUCAGGAACCUGUCCUUAGUGACAGAAUGAAAAAUUAAUGUGAGCUUAGCAGCUCUCAUAAAUUAUGAGGACUCUUUUUGCUUGUUUUGUUUGUUUGAGAUGAGUUUAUGAUAAGUUUUUAAAUUAUUGAAAUAUGAAAAACCAUGUUGAUGUGUGAGUCUCACUGUGUAUUAAAGGCAGAAAAUUAAACACAUUCAUUUACCGUCUGUAGUUCUACAUAAACUAUUAGGCUACAUGAAGAAAACAGAUUUUGCAGAGAAGCUUGUUUAUCAUAGUGGACUAAAAGAAAAUAUAAUAAACAAUACAACUUAUUCAUCCCAUUGCUUAUCUGAAUCAUUUACAUCCAUGGAAUGUUUAUUUCAAUUGUCAAAAUCUAUGCAAUAAGGCCAGAUUCUAUGAGCAUUUAUUCAACAUAUUUCAUCAAAAAAGUACACAUCUGUUGUAUAGGACUUGUAAAAACCAUAGGCAUAUUAAUGAAAUGAAGUCAAACUAACGAGACAGAGGAGGAACAAAAGCAGGAUGAUGAUCUGGCUACAGAGGACUAAAACCUGGGGGCGAUAUUUGUACACAUGAAGAGGUAAUUAACAAAGGAGAGGCAGCUGGGCUGAUUGGAACCACAAACCAGGUGUGACAGAAAACAGAACAGGAAGCAGCUGAACAGAACAAAACGUCAUUUAUAUGGAUGCACAUAAUCACAGCUCAGGAGCUGCUGAUAUCAAUUAGCAUUAAAAUUCAAAAGAAGAGCAACCCAACAAAUUUAACUAGAAGGAAAAAGAACACAAACGUCUAAAAUGGAGUGUCGUGAGAUGUUUUGUGUGAGAGUCAGAAUUAUAGCAGUAGGGUUCUGCCAGCUUGCGCCAGUUUAGACCGGUUGGAAUCACAAUAACAAUAUUGUGAUCCCAAUGAGACAAAAGUACAUGUUCUGUUCUUUAGCUCAUCUGGUCAGUUUAGGGAUGAUAUUCUAAAUGUUGCCAGACUAAAACUUUUUUUAGGCUUGAAGAUACAAAUUUAGGACUGCCCAAUUCUGGUCCUUGAGAGCUACGACCCUGCCUGUUUUCCAGUUCUCUCUUUACGACUUUUUGCAAAUUUAGGCUAUUCAGUGUCAUGAAAAGGAAUUGUGAGUUUAUGUCCCUUCUGCCUGUGUUUAAAGUGCAGAUUUUGAGAAGUAAGUUUCUUAACAUCAGUUUAAUAAAAUAAAAAAAACCUCCUGGAUAAAAAAAAAAAAAGUAGGACCUCAGCUAACUUCUAACAAGUUGAGCUCAAGGUCAGAGCAUGUAUUACUUAAAAAAGGCAAAAAAUCAGGGGUUUGACCCUAUGGGCCACACUGAGUAUGACAGAUGUGUAACAGUCAGUAAAAAAGAAAAAAAAUAGAUUAACUACUCUUUGUUUGUCAGUAUAAAAACAAUUUGUUUAAAAAAUACAUGGAAGCCUGUUUGGUAAAUCGAUUCUGCACCAGACGUCUGGAACAGUCAUUUCAACAGAUGACACUAAAAGUGAGCAUAUUGGAUUUCAAUAGACUUUGCUGGCAAAAAUUGAAGACAGUGAAUUCCAUCAUAAAUUGAAGAGAAGUGAAUAUUUAUUUUAUUCCCAUGGGUGCUUUUGCAGUUAAUCUGUUACCCAUCAGCUUCUGCUACUUCUGAAUUUUAUGUGAAUGUAUUGCGGGAUCCUCGGUUGGGUUAGGAGUGUGCCCUGCAACAGUAUGAUUGUACAAAGCAGCUCAGCAAAUCUAUAUCAGAAUACUUUGAAAAAAGGAAAUAGGAACAAUGAUUUGUAAGACUUUCAUUAAAAAGACCUAAACACAACUUUAAUACUCUGGAUCCCAAAAGAUUUAAAGCAAUGUCCCAAUGCUACACUCACCAGCCACAUUAUUAAGUGCACCUUGCUAGUAUCUAGUUGGAUGCCCUUUUGCCUUCAGACCUGCCUUAAUCCUUGGUGGCAUAGAUUCAACAAGGUACUGGACAUAUUCCUCAGAGAGUUUGGUACAUAUUGACAUGACAGCAUCACAUAGUUGCUGCAGAUGUGUCGGCUGAACAUCCAUGAUCCGAAUUUCCUGUUACACCACCUUCCAAAGGGGCUCUAUUGGGUUGAGAUCUGGUGACUGCGAAGGUCAUUUAUUUCCAGUGAACUCAAUGUCAUGUUAAAAUAAAACCUGAUUUUAAACCCAAAAUCCACACAUCUCACUAAAUUCAUUUCUGUUAAUAAUGAAAUAAAAGAUUUUUAGUACGUUCUGCUGAUCUGGUCAGUUAUCUCUUGAGAAAUAUUUGUGUACAGUUAAGAUUCCAGCGUGGUAUUUUUCAUGCUGUGCAGUCAUGAAACAUAAACAGAGGGAGUCAGAGCAGCACUUUCCAUGUAAGGGUAUGCAGCAGUGGGAGGUAUUUGCAAAGGAGCUCCUCAAACCUUUUUUCAUGAAGACAAAUUCAUCCCAGAAUCCUUUUAUAAACAAAACAAAACAAAACAAAAAAACAUCUUAAAGCCUCCACAGUGGGGUUUUCGUAUUAGAGCCUGGGCCGAUGUUUUUGUCCAGCAGCAGAAUCUCAUCAGAACUCUCUGUGGUGGCGUACGGAGCAGCUCAGUGCAGAUCCAGAAUACUGCUCUGCAGAUUUUGGAAAUUUCCUUUGGAGAUGAUUAUCUUGACUGCUUGUAUUUCCUGACACAACCCAGUCUUCCCUUUGUCUCCGUUCUGCUCCCAAGCCUUAAAAGAAGAAGAAAGCAAAGAUGUUCAUCCUUGUUCUUUAAUCAUCUGCCAUCAAAGGGUAACAUGUUGCUUUGAGGAAAAUGAUUUCUGUAAAAUAUUGUUAAAAUUCCUUCUUUUAACUUUGCUGCACUCUGUCAGUUAAAUGAUGCCAAAAAAUAUCCAUCUCAAUGUUUUCUUCCCCCACACAGAAUUGUGUUUCACUGAGUUUCUUAAAAAAGCGAUAAGCACUCUUAGACUCUGCAGACUCUCUCAGCAGAGCCUCACAUCUCUGACAGCUUCCUCAGCUCCUUGAAACAAGCUAUGGAGUCAAACUGAACUGUGUGUAUGUGUGUGCUUCAGGAGAAAAUGACGAUGAUUUCAGGGUUCAUCCUUCUGUGCAUGCUUCACGCCAGCGUACCUCAACCUGCACCACCUCGUGGGGCCAGACCGGUUCCUGGGCGAGGUGACAGUCCAGAUCCAACACCCCCCCCACUCCCACCUGAGCCAACACCUCAGCCUGAAGAAAUCAUCAACUGUCCCAUAAAGCUGUUCUUCGCCAUUGAUACAUCAGAGACCAUUGCCCUGCAGGAAUCCCCGCCUGGUAGCUUAGUGGAAAGCAUCAAAGACUUCACAAGGAUGUUUGCCCAACAACUUGCAACUGAGAAGUACAUGGGCCAGAUUCAAAUCAUUUGGUCCAUCGGAGGCCUGCAUUUCUCUCAAACGCAGGUCACCUUCAGUGACAUCACAACCAGAGAGAACUUUAUCAGGAAUCUCGUUCGGAUCAAAUAUCUUGGAAAAGGCACCUAUAUAGAUUGUGCCCUCAAAAACAUGACGUACCAGAUGACCCACUAUUUCGCAAAAAAGGAUGCAGUCCUCUUCACUGUGAUCAUCACUGAUGGUCAUGUGACAGGGAGUCCAUGUGGGGGGAUCAAAAUGAUGGCAGACAAGGCUCGAGACCAGGGGAUCCACGUCUUUUCAGUGGCAGCAUCCAGGAACAUUGAUGAGAUAGGCAUGAGGGAGAUAGCCGGAUCUCCCACCGAACUGUACCGUGACGACUACAUAGUUAUGGAGAUCGUUGAUGGAAGGGCUAAACUGAGCACUAAAUCGAUAGAUCGGAUCAUCAAAGUUAUGAAACACCAAGCUUAUCUACAGUGUUAUAAACCCACAUGCUUUGAGGCUCCUGGUAGCCCUGGACGAGGAGGACCCAAAGGUCUAAAAGGUGCAAAAGGAGCCAGAGGCCAAACAGGUCCAAAGGGUAGAAAGGGUGCACAGGGUGAUCCUGGAAUUGAAGGUCAGAUUGGACGACUUGGUCCAAAGGGGGAAGUUGGGUUUAAAGGUGAUAAGGGUGAAGUUGGUGUAGGCGGAGCAAAGGGUGUGGCAGGCGUACCAGGAAAAAAUGGAGUUCACGGACAAAAGGGUACAAUGGGCAGAAUUGGAGCUCCUGGCUGCAAAGGUGAUCCAGGCAAUGAGGGACCAGAGGGCUACCAAGGAGAAGCUGGUGAGACCGGUCCUCAAGGAUCCAAUGGAGAAAAGGGUGGUCCAGGUUUGCCUGGCAAGCCAGGCCCCUGGGGCCCUGAUGGUGAACAAGGGCCAAAGGGAGAAAUUGGAAUUCCUGGGAAUCCUGGAGUUCCAGGAAACAAGGGUUUAAAGGGACAAAGAGGCAAUCCCGGAAUAAAAGGCGAUUUGGGCAGGAGAGGGGAUCGUGGACCUCCUGGGGCAAAGGGAGCUGUAGGGAAAAAGGGGGAAAAGGGAGAACAAGGGCCAGAGGGAGAGAGAGGUCGACCUGGGGAAGAUGGAUUUAAGGGCUCUAAGGGUGAGCAGGGGCUCCCUGGACCAAGAGGUCAAGCAGGAGAGACAGGGGAUCCAGGAAAAAAUGGUGUUGUGGGAGAUCCUGGAUAUCCUGGACCAAGGGGAAACCCUGGGCGACGUGGCCCCCGGGGGGACAAAGGAAGACCAGGAUUCAGCUAUCCAGGACCAAGAGGACCUCCUGGAGAAAGAGGGGAACCAGGCAGAAGAGGACCCAGAGGGAGCAGAGGUGAAUGUGGGGCCAAAGGUGAAGCUGGAAAUAAAGGACCACCAGGAACGCCAGGGGAACCAGGACAGCUUGGAGAGCCAGGACAGAGAGGACCCAGGGGAAACCCGGGAGCAGAUGGCAGUCCAGGACCAACAGGCGAUCCUGGACUCACUGAAUGUGAUGUGAUGACAUACAUCAGAGAGACAUGUGGAUGUUGUGACUGUGAGAAGCAUUGUGGAGCUCUAGACAUUGUUUUCAUCCUUGACAGCUCAGAAAGUGUUGGGCUGACAAACUUCACCCUGGAAAAAUAUUUUGUCAUCAACACCAUCAACAGACUCGGAUCUAUGGCCUCUGACCCCACAUCCUCAACUGGUACAAGGGUGGGAGUCGUUCAGUACAGUCAUAAUGGGACCUUUGAGGCAAUCCGCCUUGAUGAUGCCAACAUAAACUCCAUGUCUACCUUUAAAGCUGCGGUGAAGAAUCUACAGUGGAUCGCAGGAGGCACCUUUACUCCCACUGCUCUCAAGUUUGCCUAUGACAACCUUAUUCGGGACAGCAAGAGAGCCCGUGCACAGGUUUCUGUCAUCGUGGUCACAGACGGGCGCUUUGACCCUCGAGAUGACGACACUCGCCUCAGGUACCUUUGCGACGACCCUAAGGUCGUAGUAAAUGCCAUCGGAGUAGGGGAUAUGUUUGACAAGAGACAUGAUAGUGAGACCCUGGCGUCAAUAGCAUGCAAUGAUAAGAACAGAAUCACAGAGAUGAAGCGGUAUACUGAUCUGGUGGCUGAGAACUUCAUAGAGAAAAUGGAAUCAGUGCUCUGCCCUGAUCCAGUGAUUAAAUGCCCGGACCUUCCCUGCAAAGCUGAGGAAUAUGUGGCUCCCUGUGUUGGCCGGCCAGUGGAUUUGGUGUUCUUGCUGGAUGGAUCGGAGCGCCUUGGAAUGGACAACUUUCAGCACGUUCGGGAAUUUGUGCAGAAGGUGGCCGACCGACUGGCUAUGGCCAAGAGCAAGAAUGACCAGAUGCGGUCCCGCCUGGCUCUGAUUGAGUUUGGAAAGGAGAAUGAGAACCGCGUGGCUUUCAACCUUACACACAACCGUGAAGUUGUUGCUGCAGGCAUAACCGCCUUGCCCUACCUUGACUCAUCAUCAGUAGUGGGGGCCGCAAUCACCUACAGCAUUGACCAUAUAUUGGGGAAAGGACGUGGUCGCAAGACAAGGCGUGGUGCGGAGAUAUCAUUUGUUUUCAUCACAGAUGGCAUCACUGACACCACGAGCCUGGAUGAGGCGGUUAGUGCGAUGCGCAGAGAACAGAUCAUCUCCACCGUUAUUGCCACAGGAAGUGACAUUGACAAUGAUGUCUUGAAAAGGCUAGCAAUGAACGAUCAGGAGGCUAUUUUUAAGGGAGAAAAGCUUUCUGAUAUGUUACAACCAAGUUUGUUUGAGCGUUUCAUCCAGUGGGUUUGCUAAUGCUUGUGUGAGCAUGAAAUAGAACUGGUGCUAAAGCCAUUAAGCUGGCAUUUCAAAGUUCUCAUAAAAUCUAAGUUCAAAACUGGCAUCACAUUUGCAAUGCACCAGAAGCAAGUUCACAAGAUAUUUUGUCAUUUGGAGAUGUUUUAAUGGGAUGUCACGGUUUCCUAACUUUACCAUACCAUUUAAGUGCAAAGACAUUCAAAUGUCAAGAAAAAUAUAAUGGUUUGAAACCAGGCAUGUUAAACAGUCUAAUCUAAGCAUCGGAAAUGCACAUUUUCUUUGUGUGACACGCAGUAGUAAAGCUUUUCCAUCCCUCAGCAAGCAUCAAAAGCCACAAAAGAUCCCAUUGAUGUUCAAAGAACAUCCUAAAAUGCACUGGAUUUCCCUUGCAAAGUAGAAAUACGCACUUCCUAAUUUGCUGCUGUCACAGCAAAUGACUGUUUAAUCACAUUUCGCAAAUAGAAAAUGUCUAAAAAUGAUGCACUCAUAUUGAUUUACGUCACCGCAACUGAAAUAGAAUUAGAUAGAAGCAACUGCAAUCUUAUAAUUAAAAGUGGACUCAAAGCUCUUAAAGUCAGAUAAAUGAGCAGCUUUUGUGAAUGUUAUGUACAACAGUUUUUAUUCAUUAUGUGUAAACAGUAAAGUUGGGUUAAACACA